UGUAACUUAGACGCUAUCUCGUGCCCAUAGGCUGUCAAAUCCUACCUCAACUCGAUUCCUUCACAUACUUAGAUGGGUGCUGCACAGGGCGACUCCGUCGGGCUCGUUCCAAACAACUUGGAUGCAUAAGCGUCUUCAAGACUUGCUAAUUAUAUUGCCAUAUAGAAGCUUUGCGGCUUUACGCAUACAUUGCGGUUGACAUUUGCCUUGCACAGCCGUCCUAUCAACCCUAAGCCAGCUUUCAGCUGCGUACAGACAUGUCAGAUGAUGAUGGCUUCCUGGCAGACCUCGCCGAAGAGCUUGCCGAGAGCGACGGUUUGGACGAUUCCAAGCUCUCCGACCAGCCCAAGCCAUCAGCCCCCAAAGCCCCGACUAAACCUCCUCCCAAGCCACCCAGCAAGCCGCCUUCCACCUCCCCAGCCGACGAUUCCCUAGGCCUCAGCCUCAGCAGCGACCUCCCCGCCUCGCGCCCCGCCUCCAAGCCCACCUCCCGGGCUCCCUCCGUCACCGCAGCAGCCAAAGACUCCCUGGACCUCAGCCUCAGCGACAGCCAGGCAUCCAUUCCUCCGGCAACCCGCCCCAAACCCUCCCUCUCUCCCUCACCCGCUGCUCCCAAACCCGCAACCACCACCACCCCGACGCGCUCCUCCUCCCCCCUCCUCAGUGCCGACCUAAGCGCCUCGAGCCUGAGCCCCCGCUCCAGCCCUCCUCCUCGCCCCUCCCCGGCGGCUGCCCCAGCCGCCUCCGCAACCCCCGCCGCCUCCACGCCACCUCCUCCCUCCACCUCCCGCCCCAGCCCUCCUCCUUCUCGCCCCGCCGCUGCCAGCCCCCCUCCUUCUCGCCCCGCCGCUGCCAGCCCCACACCUCGCUCCUCCGCCCCCUCGCCCUACACCAGUGACGACUAUGCAGACCUGCUAGGGCCCUCCUCGGGAGAGCCCUCCGCCGCCUCCCUCACCCCCACCCCGGCUGCUGCUGCUGCUGCCAGAGGGGGGCAGCAGCGGCCUUCACCUGCCGCUGCUCCUGCUGCCUCCACGUCUCCGCCCGGCAGUGGCGGCGGCAGUGGAGGAAAGAUGGGUGGCGGCAGUGCUGCCCCGUCGCGGCCGCUCUCCCCUCUCAGCAGCACAAACAGCAGCUUUCAUGGCUCAGGGCUACCCCCUCCCGAGCUGGCAGACUCCCCCGCCACCUCACGAGUCGGCCUCACAGCUGCUGCCGCUGCCGGCGCCGGCACGGCAGGAACCAUGACAGCAACAGCAGCAACAGCAGCAGCAGCUGAGACCGGGGCGGCGACCGGCCGCAACGUCAGCUUCGCCCCCGCCCCCGCCCCCGCCCCCGCCCCCGCCCCCGCCCCCGCCCCCGCCCCCGCCCCCAGCAGCUCCAGCACCCUCACCCGGGGUCAAUCCCAGCUCCGUGCCUUCCUAGCCGGCGGCGGCAGCCUGGGCCGCUCCUCCUCCGCUUGCAUGCAUGACGUGCGCUGCGACAUCCCCACCCCCUUCGAUCUGUUCCGGCUGUACGACACCGAUGGCAGCGGCUGCGUGACUCACGGGGAGUUCGUACGGCUGCUGCGCGACCUGGACGGGCUGCCGGAGCACUGGGCGGCGGGGGAGGACCCGGAGGCGCGGCUGGGGGAGCUGAGGGAGAGGAGGCGGCAGCUCUCCUCCCAUCUGGCCGCCCGGCGGGAGCAGCUGGAUGCCGCUGAGAGGCAGCCGCAGACCCCGCCCGCAGCCCUGGCGGCGAUGCGGACGCAGGUGGCGGCGGCGGAGGCGGAGGAGGGGCGGCUGGCGGCGGCGGCGGCGGCGGCGGAGGCGGCGGUACGGCAGCUGACGGAGCACCCGGAUCCGGAGAUCCGAGUGACGGCGGAAGUACGGCAGCGGAGGGCCAAGUGGCGGGAGUGGGUGGAGGCGGAGUUCGCGCGGGCGGAUGUGGGCGGCAACGGCAUGCUGAGCAUUGAUGAGUUCUACAUGUACUACUACGCAAAGCUGUGUUUCCGAUUCCCGGUGCUGCGGACGGGGCUCAACCCGGGCGCCAUGCUGUACAAUGUGUUCGUGCGCUACUGCAACCUGGGUCGCGGCGGACCCGCGGGUCGCUGCGAGGACAUGCUGGGUCACCAGUUCGCGCGCCUGUGUGCGGACGCGGGGCUGGUCAACGGCAAGACCGUCACCAAGGCCACGGUGGAUAUCAUAUACCACAGGUCCCGCGCCGCUGACGAGAUCCUGGAGACGCACACCCCCCGGCCCGGGGUGGCGGCCACUGCGCGCAUGUACUACCCGCAGUUCCUCUUCGCGCUCAACAAGCUCGCUGAGAAGCGGCGCAGCGGGUUUCAGGAGGUGGUGGCGCGCCUGCUGUCCUCGCUGGACUGCCUGCCUGCCCCCAGCGGGGCGGACCUGCUGAUACACAGCACACAUGACCUGGGGCCGGGGGCGCAGGUUCCCGAGUUCCUGCUGCGCCCCCGCGGGCUGCCCGACAACUCGGGACAGCUGCGGAGCCUGGCUGACAACUGCCUGGUGGCGAAGAUGAAGCAGGAGUCCCAGGAUGCGCUCCGGCUGUCCACCGGGCUGCUGGAGGGUGCUGGGGGCACCGGCGGGGGCACCAGCAGUGGGGGCUUCAGGGCCUUCCUGACGUCCAAACGCACCGCCACCUCCCCACCCGCUACCACCACCACCGCCACCACCACCGCCACCACCACCGCCGCCGCCGCCGAUGUCCCCAGCAGCCCCAAGGACCCCCAACAAGCAUCCGACACCGCCGCCCAGCCCUCCCCCUCCCCCUCUCCCACCACCCCCACCACCGCCCCCUCCCCUCCAUCCACCGCCCCGCUGCGGGCCUCCGUGUACGGCAGUCUGCCUCCCCCCACCCUGGCCCCUGACGCGCUGCGCAGCCGGCCCUGGGAGGUGCGCGAGGCGCCCCAGCUGGCUGCGGCGAGGAGGCGGGCGGUGGCGGCGCUGGGGGGCAGGAGCGGUCCGCUGCACUGCCCGGAGACCAUGCAGCUGGUUCGUUCCCUGGACCCGGAUGCGCUCAUGGUGUCACUGAAACGCGUCUUCGAGGGCUACGCGGGCACAUGGGCGGCGGGGGGCGGCCGACCCACGGGUCUCGACCGCGGGUCGCUGGGUCGGCCGGGCUUCCAGGCUGCCAUGCGCGAUGCGGGGCUGGUGAGCGAGAGCGGGCUGCUGCCCUCGCGGCGGGUGGACGAGCUGUACGGCAGGGUGCUGCCGUCCAGCUGCCGGGGACUCAACUUCGUGCAGUUCAUCGAGGCCCUCCGCCAGGUGGCUCUAGCGCUGCGGCUGUCGCUGAACGAGGUGAUGGAGCGGCUGGUGGCGGUGGGGGAGCCGUGAGAGGGGAGGGGGGGAGGGGCAGGGCAGGAGGUGUGCGGAGGGAUUGGACAACGCAUGAGGGGAUGGGCUAUAACCGCCGUGAGAGGGACUGUACCUGAGGGGUGAGACGUGAGGGGUCGCAUGCCUGGCGGCAUGCAAGCAGGCGAACGAAUGAGGGCAGCAGGGGGAGGGGACGUCCCCGACAGAGGGCCGGUAUGCGCAGGGGAAUCUGCCGUUGAUUAGGGCGGAGACAUUCGGAAUCAUGGGGUUCAGACAAUCCUCAUGGCUCAUGCGAUAGCGCAUGAUGGACACAAAGCAACCUUAUGUUUGCGGAGGUUGGGCGGGUGCGAGUCAACAACCAACGCCGCACAACCGCACGACGGAAGUCGCCAGUCUUGCUGACAGACUGUCCAUACGUACCCUACCGGUAGGGCAACACAGCAAUGUACGGUACAACGCAGCUCCUGUAAACCUUUCGGGCAUG